AUGUGGAGUCGCGUCUCUGCAGUCGGGAGCCGCACACGCGGCGCCUGUCGCUGCCGCCCCCGCACCCGGCUUCUCUCCUGCCCCUGGGGCGCCCAGGACCGGGCGGCGGGGGCGCCGCGGCAGGAGCAGGGACCAGGCAGUAAAACACAAAAGUGCUUUAGCACUAGCACUGGGUUCUACAACAAAGAAGAUGAAUCUGCCACUUCUACAGACAGUAGUGCUGAGAAGGCUUCAGAGAAUCAGGAGAAGGCAACACCAGGAAAUGCAAAGAAGAAUAUGUUGAACAUUAUUCGUGAAAUGAAAGUAGAAUUAAGUUCAAAGAAGAAGUUCCAAUUACUAAAAAAACUGAAGACCAAGGAGCAAACCAAGGACCAGCCAGAAAGUUUGGAGAGUGCAAGUAGCAUGUUUCAGAAAGCUACAGCAGACCGUAAAGCUAAGAGGAGCAAGCCUCUCAAUCCAGAAUUGGUGGAAGCUGCCUCUGCUGUUGCAUCUUCCUUACCUUUUGACAGAAAACGGACAGUAUCAGAUUUACUUGCACAACUAAGGAAGCAUGAAGAAGCCACUGAUGCACAGAAAAGAGGGGAAACAACUAACAUAAGCAACGUUAUUGCAGACAUGAAGAUUGGGAAACGCCGUCUCAACCGUGGUGUAUCCAGGCCAUCCAGUCAGAUUUCAUUUGAUGACGAUGAUGGGCAAGGUGACAUGUUUCAAAGAGGUAUCCUGUCUGAAUUUGCUGGAAGUAAAAGAAGAGGGCUUCACCUGGGAAGGAGGCUUAACAUUUUCCCUGUUUCUCCCAUUGUUACAGAAGGGACACCUGAAGCAGAGUCUUCACCUACACUCUGGGAUCUGGAAUUUGCUAAUCAGAUUGCAGCAGUAAAUCAAAAGCCACCUCGGAAUGGUUUUGAAGAGAUGAUCCAGUGGACAAAAGAGGGAAAACUGUGGGAGUUCCCUAUUAAUAAUGAAGCGGGUAUUGAAGAUGAUGUUGAAUUUCAUGAACAUAUCUUUCUGGAUAAAUACCUAGAAGACUUUACCAAGCAAGGACCUAUUCGCCACUUCAUGGAACUAGUGACCUGCGGGCUUUCCAAGAACCCAUAUCUAAGUGUUAAACAAAAAGCUGAGCAUAUUGAAUGGUUCCAGAAUUACUUCCAGGAAAAAGAGGAACUUCUUAAGGAGAUUGAUGAUCAUAAGAAAGAAACAGACCUUAGUCUUGAAAGGAAGAGUCUAUCAGAGUAACAAGUGGUCACUUUAAAAAAACCCAUUGUGUCAAUGCAUAGUAAAACAUUAUAAACACCUGAUUUGAAAGAUGUAAUUGUAUGAACUUUUUUAAAAAAAGCUAAAAUUUGCCACUCUUCUGUUAAUUUGUAUACACAAAAUGGAGGGAAUGGUCUGCAACUCAUAGACUGUACAUAGCAAAAAUGUCAUUAAUUCUGCAGUACAGAGUCCCUGAUUGACCAUUUAAUUCAUUUUAAGCCUAACCAAAAUAACCAGUAAGUAGAUU